AUUCAUGUCUCAAAUUCAAAGAGUCUCAGAAAAAACCCUAGACCAUGGCGUCGGAGGGACGAUGCCUGUACGAGGUUCUCGGCCUCACAACCGACGCCACGGCAGAUGAAAUACGGUCGGCGUACAAGAAGCUGGCUCUCCAGCGCCAUCCGGAUAAGCUGGUUCACUCCGGCCUCAGCAAAGCCGACGCCACCGCUCAGUUCCAAGAGCUCCUUAACGCCUACGAAGUCCUCUCCAAUCCCGAGGAACGCGCUUGGUACGAUUCCCACCGAUCUCAAAUCCUCUUCUCUAACCCCACCUCUUCCAACGGCUCCGUCCCCAAUCUCUUCUCCUUCUUCUCCAAUUCCGUGUAUUCUGGGUACGACGAUACGCGCAAGGGAUUCUAUAAGGUUUAUUCGGAGGUUUUUGACAAAAUCUACGCUACUGAAGUCAAUUUCGCGAAAAAAUUAGGGUUAGGGUCUAUUAAGGAGGCUCCAAUGAUGGGGAAUUUGGAGAGUCCGUAUUCGCAGGUGACUGCAUUUUAUGGAUAUUGGAUAGGGUUUUCUACAGUGAUGGAUUUUGCGUGGGUUGAUGAGUACGAUGUUAGGGCGGGGCCGAAUCGAAAGUCUAGGAGGUUGAUGGAGGAGGAGAACCGGAAGCUGAGGAAGAAGGCCAAGAGGGAGUACAACGAGACGGUUCGGGGGCUGGCGAAGUUCGUGAAGAGGAGGGACAAGAGGGUAAUUGAUAUGCAGGUGAAGAAGAGUUUGGAGGAGGAAAAAAGGAAGGAGGAGGAAAAGACGAGGAAGUGGGAGGAAUUUGAGAGGGGAAGGAUGGAGAGGGCGAGGGCGAAAGUGGAGCCGGAGUGGGUCAGGGCUGUGGAGGAUGAUGGGAAUGAUGAUGAUUGGGAAUUUGAGGAUGCAGGUGGUGGGAGGAAGGAGGAGGAGGAAUUUUAUUGUGUGCUUUGUAGAAAGAAGUUCAAGAGUGAGAAGCAGUGGAAGAAUCAUGAGAAGUCAAAGAAGCACAAGGAGUGGGUGGCGGAGUUUAGGGAGUCAGUUAAGGAAGAAGAUGAAAGGUAUGGAGAUGCUGAAGCAGGGAUUCAUGGCAACGGGGAUCAAAGUGAGGUGGAGUUGCAGGAGCAGUUUGAGGAUGGUUUGGAGUUGGAGGAAGAGGAGAUUGAAGAUGGGGCUCAAAUUGAAUCCAGUAACGAGGAAGAGUUUGUUGUUGGCGAUGUUAGUCAUAGUGGUAAUGGUACAAAUGCGGAGUUGGGGUCUGAUGAUGAAAUGAGUGUGCUUGAAGCAAUGGUGUCGGGCCAUAAGAAUAGGAAAAAUGGGAAAACUGCUGUUGCUUCAGUGCUGGAGCCGGAGUCUUCUGUUACUGAAGCUCCUGUUGACAUUAACAAUGAUGAGAUGGACUUUAUGGAAUAUGAUAACCGAAAGAGCUCGCGGAGGAGGAGAGGCAAGAAAGACAGGGGUAAGAGAUCUAAUGGGGAGGCAAUGAAGCCUGACAGUAGUACUGGAGACAAGGGUGGUCAGGAUGAACAAAAUAGUGGCUCUGAUGCUUCACAUAUCCAGGAUUCUUCAACUUAUUCUGUUGCAGAAAAUGAAACUGAUGGUAAGGAGGAUCAUCAUGCAGAAACAAAUAAGAUUCCAAAGCAACCUGUCAAUAGAAAAGCUACCUCCAAGGGUGAGAUAGAUACGAAACCGAAGGAAUCAAACAAAGUGAGGAAAGCAAAGGUUGCACAAAGAAAGGCACUGGGCAACACAUGUGAGACAUGUGGAGAAGACUUUGAGUCAAGGAAUAAACUACAUCAGCAUUUAGGUGACACGGGUCACGCCAUGCUGAGAGCUCGGUGAAUUCACAAAUUCUCAGUCCAUUGAUUGGCUUCCAGGAACUGGUCCGCCUUGAUUUUUUUCCUCCCCCCAAAAUAUUAAAUUGUUUUUCUUUGUUAUCAAGUCAAAACAUGGAAAGGUGCCUCCACUUGAGAAAGUAUAGGAAUUUUAAACAGUGAAUUAAUUGUGCAUGUGUGCUUAUUUUCUGACCUAUGGAAUCUCAGGAUUUUUAAUCCUGGAGCAAGAUGGCGUUGGUUAAAAGUUACAAAACUUGUGGUGUUGAGUUCUGAUAGGCGGAGAAGGAAGGAUCAAUUAAGCAACAAGAGGUUGAAAAUUUUGAGUAAGAAAUUAAGGAUGUGGUUAUCGGCUUCUGUAAUGGAUUUUUGGGGCAUGCUAACAAUAUUUAUGAUUUUAACUUCAUUUCAAAAGCAUCAUGAUAGCAUUUGCCACAAACACGAUCUUCACCCCCAUAUUUUUAUGUAUUUACCUUUUGGCAAGUUUAUCUAAUUUGUAUUUGUGAUAU